AUAAUUGCAGAGCGAGAGAUGCCUCUUUCCUUUCUGUGAUAGAGGGGCCCUUUGAGGAAUACCAUCUGGUCCUUCAAACUCUGCCUGGUAACAUCUCAGGACCAAAACAAGAACCUUUAAUUAGUCCUAAACAAAAGGCAGGGAACAUGGUGGGACUCAAGCCCUCAGAUGUGCCUCCUCCUCUUGGGGUGAAGAUGGCGAGUGCCGGAGCCGCAGCCUGCAUAGCAGACAUGGUGACGUUUCCUCUGGACACAGCCAAAGUCAGACUACAGAUUCAAGGGGAGAAGCAAGCGGUGGGUGGGAUCCGCUACAGAGGGGUGUUUGGUACCAUCAGCACCAUGGUCCGGACCGAGGGGCCCAGGUCCUUGUACAACGGGCUGGUGGCCGGACUGCAGAGGCAGCUGUGUUUCGCUUCCAUCAGAAUCGGCCUCUAUGACAACGUGAAAAACUUCUACACUGGAGGCAAAGAAAAUCCAGGCGUUCUGAUGCGGAUUCUAGCCGGCUGCACAACAGGUGCCAUGGCCGUGUCGUUUGCACAACCCACCGACGUGGUCAAGGUUCGAUUCCAGGCCCAGAUGAACCUGAACGGCGUGGCGCGGCGCUACAACGGCACAAUGCAAGCCUACAGACAAAUCUUCCUCAAUGAGGGCUUAAGAGGCCUGUGGAAAGGAACAUUACCCAACAUCACAAGAAAUGCACUGGUGAACUGCACAGAACUGGUGACCUAUGACCUGAUCAAAGAGGCCAUUCUCAGACACAAACUGUUGUCAGAUAAUCUUCCGUGCCACUUUGUGUCUGCGUUCGGAGCGGGCUUUGUCACCACGGUGAUUGCCUCCCCAGUGGAUGUGGUGAAAACAAGAUACAUGAACUCUCCGCCAGGCCAGUACCGCAGCGCCAUCAACUGCGCCUGGACCAUGAUGACCAAAGAGGGACCAACUGCGUUUUACAAAGGGUUUAUGCCUUCGUUUCUGAGACUUGGAUCCUGGAACGUCGUCAUGUUCGUCUCAUUCGAGCAAAUCAAGAGAGCCAUGAUGGUGUCCAGAAGAAUCGAAGCACCAAACUGAGAUUCCACUCAAAAGCCUGAACGUAAACCUGAAACAACCUGGAUGUUUUACCUCUAAUACAGGGAAAACCAGCUUCUGUUGAAGCUUCAUUUUCCUGAAAACAGUGUUGUAUUUAACUUUUUUUUUAUACUCUGGAACCGAUGCAGUCACUGUGGGAGCGAAAGCCCUUAACACAAGUUUGCACUUUAUGUAACGCAUGUGAGAACUUGCUCAGGUCGCCUAAACCAGCACUUAUUUACAUCUUAAUAAAAUGAUUUGUUAUUGAAA